AGGACAUUUUGUGUCAGAGCCGUGUUUCUCGGGCUCUCUCUCCACUAUCACAACAGCACAAAGGCAGCAGCAGCAGCAUCGCGGCCCCAUUGCUCUCGCCGCUUUGUGUCAGACACCAAAUCUUCCUCACCUUCUUCUUCCUCUCCCUCCCCCACCCAAUCUCCUCCCCCACGAGCGCCUCUACUGCCUUUUAAGCCACGCGCCCGCGCCCCCCGCGUACGCCUCCCGCCUUUCCUCUCUCUCCCUCUCUCCUCGCCCUCUCCUCCUCCUCCUCCUCCUCUUCUCUCUGUGAGUUGAGGUGAGGUGAGGAUUUUCCGUGGACGUGCCGUUUGAUGGACGGGAAGGGCGCGACGGAGAGCUCAAACCCUAACCGCGUCGUUGAGAGCGUACCAUCGGCGGCCGUGGCGUCGGCGUCGGCGCCGACGAAGCGCAUGCUGGCGUUCCACUUCCUGCGCGCGCUGUCCCGGAUCCACGGCGCGGCCGGCCCGGCCAGGCGCCGCACGCGCACCAUCCGCCGCGCGGCCUACUCAUCCAUGGCGCGCGCCACCGGGCCGCGCCGCGCAUGGAGCCGCGCGCUGCUGCUCCAGGCCCAGGCGCGCGCGCGGAGAUCCAGGGCGGAGACGUCGAGGCGGGCCGCGGUGCUCGUACGGCGGCGCGUCGUCGCCGGACCGGCAGCAGCACCAGCACCAGCACGCGCCGCUCCUGUCGGCGGACAAGCAUCGGCGGCGGCUGCUCGUGCGGCUCUGGCCCCUCCGCCCCCUCCGGCAAGGCAGGCGGGGGAGCCGGCGAGGAGCGACGCGCUGCGGCGGCUCGUCCCCGGAGGCGCCGGGAUGGAGUACUGCAGCCUGCUGGAGGAGACCGCCGACUACGUCCGCUGCCUCCGCGCGCAGGUGCAGCUCAUGCAGGGCCUCGCCGACCUCUUCUCCUGCCAAUGAUCCAUCCAGUCCAUCAUCAUCAUCAUGCAUCCUCGGAUCGAUCGAGUAAUUCUAAAUUAUUACUUCUUCCUGCACGUACCAUCCAUGGAUUGAAAUCAUACGAUGCUGCUGCGGUGCGGCCGGCUUCCAUGAUAUCGAUCCAUGGAUCUCUUGUUCAUGUGACAUGAGAUUGGUCAAUGCAUCGAUCGCGCAUGAUCAAUAUAGAGGAUUACCGGCCGGCAGGGGAGAGUUAGGUACGGUGGAGGUGGAGGAAGAUUGGUGGAGUAUAUAUGUUGAGCUGCUGGCAGGGUGAAUUAUUAGUAGGUGAGAAAAGAUUGGGUGUAGUAUGCAUUUGUAUAGGUUGGGGACACAUUGGAACCACACCAGGGAAAAUACAAAGGUAAUUAAUUGUAACAUAUAAAGAGAUAAUCGAUCGAUAAGGAGUUACAUAUGUGCAGUGUUAUUGGGUUAAUUAGCAAAUUGAUCUAUGCAUAAUAUGUUCUUGA